UGUAUGCAGAAACUUGGACAGAAGAACGUGAAUUUUCAGGUAAACCUGUGGACGAAUAACUCGUCCCAGUGGCCCCCAACUAGUAGUAGCAUCAUUUAGGG